UACGUUUCCAAACCGUCUUCGGCCUCUCCAGAUUUUUUUUUUUUUAACUAAUACCGAAGAUUCGUUUUUGGAGAUCUCUCACUAAUGUUUUUGCAUAUCUCACACUAUUCAGCCUUUUGAAGUUCUUUGAUGCUCGAUUGGCUUCACCACCAUCAACUCAUCUCAUUCGAAAUCUAGAGUGUUUGUUGUGCAAGGACAUUCUUAGGAUGGAAAGUGAGAGAGAAGAAGUCAAGAAUGGUGGUGUUGAGGAGGAUGAGAGAGCGCUGAAGCGGAAGAGAGAGAAGGAGUGGGCUGCUGCUUCAUCACCUCCACAACUGGAUGAUAUCACAGACGACCAAGAUAACGCCUUUAAGGUUCGUGGAAAGAAUUCACGCCGCAUUGAAGUUUGCCGCGAUUGCCCUUAUCUCGAUACAGUCAUCGUCAGGGUAUUAUCUUCCACGCUGAUUAUAUGAGUGGCAUUUGAGAGAAAAAGAGAAGAAGAAACAAAUGAGCACAGAGG